UCGUCGCAGCUUGUCAAUGGCGGCUGCAGCAGCGACUAGCGGCGCGAGCUCCAGCAGCAGCAGCAGCAGCGGGAGCAGUAAUCAGGGUCAGGAGUUCAUAGUCCGGAUACCCAAGCAAACCAAGAAAAGAUAUCAUGUCAUGCGGUUCAAUGCUGCGCACAAACAAGACAUAUCCAAGUGGUCGCAGAUUCGCAUGGAGAGGGAGAAUAACAUGAAGGAGUUCAAGAUGGAGGACGAAAUGCCCAAGUUUGGCGCGGGCAGCGAGUUUGGCCGGGACCAGAAGGAAGAGGCCCGACGCAAGAAGUACGGCAUCAUCAUGAAGAAGUACAACCCCGACGACCAGCCUUGGCUCCUCAGGGUCGGCGGUAAAGGAGGGAAAAAGUUCAAGGCCAUACGCGAGGGAGGCGUUUCAGAGAAUACGUCUUUCUACGUCUUCUGUAAGGCCCCGGACGGUGUCUUUGAAGCUUUUCCCAUUGAGGAGUGGUACAACUUCAACCCCGUGAAUCGAUUCAAGGCACUCACCGCUGAAGAAGCAGAAGUGGAAUUUGAGAGGAGAGACAAAGUGAUGAACCACUUCUCCAUCAUGGUUCGCAAGAAGAUGGCCCUCGAGGAAGAAGGAGCCAAGGAGGAGGGAGAGGAGGAAAAAGGAAAGAAGGGGAAGAAAGGAAAGAAGGAGAAAAACCGAGACUUUCAAAUCACCGAGAUGGACGACUGGGUGAGCGACUCGGACGGCGAUGGCGACGACGAUUCGGAUGGUGACCGGGAUGAUGAUGGUGAUGGUGGUAAGAAGAAGAAGAAGGGUAAAGCUGGUGAAGACGAUAAGAAGAAGAAGAAAAAGAAGAACCAGUCUGACGAGGAGGCCUUGGAGGAAAGUGACGAGGGUGACUUCGAUGACAGGGAGGUGGAUUACAUGUCGGCCUCCAGCUCAGAGGAAGAGGAACCUGAAGAUGAGAAAGCGAACCGCGAGCUCAAGGGGGUUGAGGACGAGGACGCCCUGAGGGCUGUCGACCAGUCCGAUGAAGAGGAGGAAGGUGAGAAGGAGGAGGAGAAGCCUGAGAAUGAGGAGGAGGCCGCCAAGGAUGAGAAGAGCGCCGAGCCCAAGCCAAAGUCAAAGGCUGACAAGAAGGAGGGCGGUUCUUCCAAGAGCGCAUCAAAGGGCAACUCCUCUGGAGAAUCCAGCUCCGAGUCAUCGGACUCAGAUUUUGACGACUCCAAGUUCCAGUCGGCCAUGUUCAUGCAGUCUUCUGCCCGGCAGAAACCGAAGAAGAAGAACGGCUGCGAAAGCGCGAACAGCAGUCGCGCAAACACGCCGACAAAGCACGUGAGUGACGAGAAGAAGAGCAAAGGGCAUGGGAGUGUGGUCCAAGAAGCGUGGGACAGUGAUAAUAGCAAAUCUCUGAAGCGCAAAAUGAUGGAAGAGUCUCCAUCUGCGGCAAAAACAGAUGGGUCAGCGCCCAAACGUCCGCGUAGUGAAUCGAACCUUCCGUCCACGCCUUCCAUGCCUAGCAGCUGGUCAUCAAGCACCGAAGGCAUCACCGAGGAGUCUGUGAGGCGUUACCUGCUUCGGAAGCCAAUGACCACGACCGAGCUUCUCCAGAAGUUCAAGUCCAAAAGGACUGGACUGAGCAGUGAAAAGCUCGUCAACACCAUUGCUCAGAUUCUGAAGAGACUGAACCCUGAAAAGCAGACCAUCAAAGGAAAACUGUACCUAUCUAUAAAGCCUUGAGCGGCACAGAAGUACAUAUUGCUUGGCGGCAUCUUUGGCGGAGCCAGGCAGUUUAAGCGCACAUGUGUUUGUCAUUGUUGGUGAUCUGUUGUGUAAAUAAACAGUUUUUAUACAUAC